AUGGGUUAAUAAAAUAAUCUUGCAACAAUUUUUAAAUUCCGAUAAAACUUGAUUACUGUUUAAAUGUGCCUCAUAGAAAUUCUUUGAUAAUUCUAGCUCAAUAACAAAACAAUUAUAAAUAAAUAAAGCUAUAACAGUACUCCCCAUAUCGUAAUCUUAACAUACUUAUUAAUUCACUUUUGCUUUUUCGUAAUCAACACAAGUAGGAGUAACAAGACAGGUUAUAAAUAUUUUUUCGGAAAAAAUUAAAAAUGCAUACUUCUAGCUCGGCGGAUUAUUAACAAUCUAAUUAAACCAAAUAAAAGUUGUGCAGUUAUCUUUUACUCAACAUACAGAGUAAUAAACACGUUCAGGGUCCCACGCCGACUUUAACACCUUGGCAGGGGGCUGAUAUAAAACGGGACAACAAACACUUUUCACUUUCAUUUCGAUUUUUGUUAGAGCCUAUAAAAGAAUUGCACAAAAACAUAAUGAAAAAUUACAUUAUCUUAUUAAUAACGCUUCAAAGUGUAUUUUCAGCUCGAAUUUUAAAAGAACAAUUCGCAUGGAAUCAACUGGAUUAUGCUUAUCCUUCAUUCGAUGAACGACAAGAAGCUUUACGAACGGGACGAUUCGUUCCAGAAAAUAAUCUUCCCGUUGGAAUUGAAAUUUGGGGCGAUAAAUUAUUUGUUUCUGUGCCCAGAUGGAGAGUUGGAAUUCCUUCAACUUUAAAUUACAUCCCUUUAUCAAAAAACGUAGGAAAAUCACCAGCAUUAAUACCUUACCCAAAUUGGAAAUCAAACGAAGCUGGAAAUUGUGAAUCUGGGUUAACAACCGUUUACCGAAUAAAAGCUGAUGAAUGUCACCGUUUGUGGGUGUUAGACACUGGAACUUUUGGAAUUGACGAUACAACAACAAAUCCUUGUCCUUACGCAAUAAACGUGUUUGAUUUAUUUACAAAUCAACGUUUAAGACGUUAUGAGUUAAGAAAGGAGGAUAUAAAUGCGAAUACUUUUAUAGCAAAUAUAGCGAUUGAUAUUGGAAAGGAUUGUAACGAUGUUUUUGCUUAUAUGAGUGAUGAAUUAGGGUAUGGAUUAAUUGUUUAUUCCUGGGAACAAAACGAAUCUUGGCGUUUUGAACACGGAUUUUUCCGCCCUGAUCCGUUAAAAGGCGAAUUCAACAUUGGAGGAUUAGAAUUUCAAUGGGACGCGGAAGGAAUUUUCGGAAUGUCUUUAACUCCGCUUCAACCCGACGGUUAUCGAUUAAUGCACUUUUCUCCUUUAGCAAGUGAAAGAGAAUUUGUUGUAUCAACUGGUACUUUAAGAAAUAGUUCCAAAGUUGGGGAUAGCUACAAAGAAUUUUAUUCUUUAAACGAACGUGGCCCAUUAUCGCACACAACUUCGAGAGUUAUGGAUGAUUAUGGGAUACAAUUUUUUAAUUUAAUCGAUAGAAACGCAGUGGGUUGCUGGAAUGGUCGAUAUGAUUAUAGACCAGAAAAUUUUGGAGUUGUCGAUAAAGAUGACGUAGGUUUGAGCUUCCCCGCUGAUGUUAAAGUCGACGCCCAAAGAAAUUUGUGGGUUAUAUCCGAUAAGAUGCCCAAUUUUUUGCUUUCAAGUUUAAAUUAUAGUGAAAUCAAUUUUAGAAUAUAUUUUGCCCCAAUUCAGGUUUUAAUCCAAAACACCGUUUGCGAAAUACAAGUAGCCGAACAUAAUUAUUAUUAUUUAUAAUAAAAUUAUUAGGUGGUUUUUUUCUUUUUG